AUGUCUCGUGCGACUGCGGACACAGUCGAUGCACCAUCAAAAGAAAUAACGUCAUGGAACUGGAAAAGCACGAUCCAAGGGGCCGUUAGGCGGGUGAUCGAAAGUGUAGCGUCGUCGCACCCGCCAUGGAUUCCCGAUAAUACAUGCACCGCUGCUAUUAGCGUGCUUUUUGAAGCGCUCCAGCACGAUCGAGACCAUGUUAUGGAUGCCCUGCUGAAUGGAUUAAAGGGCAUUGAGCUUCCUGUAUCGCUGAGUACGAUGGAUUCUCGGCUGCGCCUGCAUCAGGCGCUGUGCAUGACCCGCGUCAUUUCGUCGUGCGUCUUUCACGAUUGGCUCUCGUAUCAGACAGAGGAGAUAUUGUCGACACCCUUCGGGGCAUGGAAGGAUCCCCCUCGCAUGGCUGACUCGACUGCUCGUCAGUUCGUAUCGACGGUGUCGAAACACUUUGUGCAACUCGUGGGGUAUCGAGAACUGUCCAUCUCGCAGCAGUCAGAUGGACAUGCCAGCAGCUUUAAGGAUGACAAGCUGCGCUCCUUCACAUUCUUGUCACGCGAUACUAACAGCAACGUACGAGAAUACGACUGCUUGUACGCCAUGCUGGAUGCGCAUCUCGGCAUGUACACCGCCAGUGCGUCGCCUGAGGCGUACUUUGUGCUUGACGCGCACUUUCCUCCAUAUCGCGCGCCGUUCAAACUCACGCCGACUGGUGUGUCCUACACGGCGACCCUGUGGCAUACGCCGGCUGAUGCCCUGGAUGCGUCUGAACACACUGUCGCCGCGUACCUGUACCGCGAGCUAGCGUACUUGAUGCUGUACACGAGCUCCACCAACUGGGAGACGACUAUGCACUGCAUCGGUAGUCUGACCGAUGCACGAACCAACGUGUCCCUGUACGAGUGUGUGCACUGGCGCUGGCCACAGCUGGAGGCGUUCCUGCGCCAGGUGAUCCGUGAAUUGCCCCUGAUGCCCCGGUCCCACUUUGCCACGGCGGCUGUCAUGUUGCGGCGAGUCGUGCACAUGUGGACGCAUUUCCAUGAUGACGAAAGGCAUAUGGUGUGUUCGAAUGGCCUGCCUGAUGUCACAUCCCAGCUCUUUGAUACCCUUUUCGCUCAGGCAGACUCGCUUUCGCGCCGCAUCGUGCUGUGGCCGACUCUGGGUGCGUUGCUUGGCUUGUCACCCACGCCAUAUACUCCGACGCGCGUGUGGCGCGACGUGCACUCCAAAAAGUGGGCGUUCUCUGAUGCCCUGCAUCACCACCUCUCCCACUCGCGUCUCGGUUUCGCGGCGUGGUUCUCUGUCGUGAUGAUGCACAGCGUCAACGAGACGGGUGGUGCGCCUAUCCCGGCUGCCAUAACGUCCGGAGCAUGUUCGCGCUUGGUGGAACACCUACACUCAUUUACUGCGAAUGACGCCCGGCUCGGUGGUCUGCUCCUCGCGUCACAGGUGCGUCUUGGAAACAUGGAAGAGGCGAUGAAUCUCGUGCAUGCGUGCUUGUAUGUGCGUCCAUCGAACGUAGGCGUGCUUGUGGUCGUCCACGCGCUUCUGCUGCUCAUCAUCCGCGACAUUGGGUCGUGGCGUGCGGUGUUAUAUCCACCGUGUGCUCCAGUGCUGCGACGUUCGAUCCGCCAUGGCGUCAGGGCCUGGUGUGUAGACAAGGCACUGGACGACAUGACGAUGACGGCCAUUCACGGCAUCUUGUACGUCGCGCUUCUUGAUCCAAUGUCGGUCCUGACGCUCUUGCCGAACGAGCCCCUCGACCAAUUGCAGCUGCCACGUGCACCGUCAGCGGCUCAGCUCGACACGCUUCUCCAGAAGGACUCGCGUGUCUCACUUGUGCUCGCUUUCCUGCAUGUGCCGAUGGCCCGCAUGCGCCUACACGCCGCCUCGAACGCUGCGAUCAUGCGACUCAGCGGCGACAAGCCUAAUGUGGGUGUGCUCUCUCACUUUCCGUACGUGCCGAUCACCAUGUUGGAACAGCCCAGCACGCCCACGCCCGACAUGGCAUGCAUUCUCCAGAUGCUGGGACCCAUCGACAUUGACGUCGCGACCAAUGCCGUGCAGCACGUCAUGACGGCCAACUCGGAAAAUGACCAACUGUACUGGCUUAUUGCAUUGCAGACAUCCGUGUCUUGCUUGCUGCGCUUGCAGAUCUCUGUGGAACGCAAAGUGGGCCCAGCGGCUGUGCUGUACGGCUUGUUCAUGCCUAGCGUACUCAACGUGCAGGCGGCGCUCGAUGCCACCAUGUUACUAAGUCACUUGUACCCACUGCCCGAGCCUCUGCCGACCUUGGUCAAGUCCCGUCCUGAUCUUGCGACCAUCUGCCAUGUCCUGCGCCAUACGCCUGCUCCCAAUCAUUUCACGCAAAUGGCAUGGUCGGCUCUCUUGCGACUCUGGCUUACAUGUCUACCCAAGAGCCGUGCCAACCGUGUUAACAAGUCGGACAUGACACACAUCGUCCACAUUCUCGCAGCGGGAGCCCACAUUGGGCUGCAUGGCGUCAUGAUCAAAGACGACAUACCCUUCGUUCACAUGGUCUCUGACAUGCUUCUGCAUUACCCCGACCUGCGUGACCUUGCCUUUGUGCUCUUGGAUGCUGUGCCGACUCCCAUCUUGCCUCGCAUGAUCCUUCUCGCCCAUACAGAGCUGCCUCGCAGCGAAUCACACACCUUGUGGCUCCGUCUCCUGAAAGAAUGCGUCCCACGCCUUUCAAUCGACUCGGUGGAUGCCACGACACUGCGUGCGAUCGUCGAUAUGCUGUUGGCCUGUGCCAUGUCCGUGACCACCAUCUCGUCGCGCAUGACUGUGUGCGAAGUCACCGCAGUCUUGGCGCCAUGCGAGCGACCUGAAAUGGUGCGUGCGCGUGCGCAGCUCGUGGACUGGAUCCUGCCAUGGACGAUCGGCGAUGGAUCUCUGCGCCAAAAGGCACUUGAGUGCAUUGUGCACAUGUGCCGGGGUCUUACCGAUGACAUACCUCUGAUGGUGCUCCGUAUCGAUGUAUCGCGCGAGGCGGCUCUCUUUCGUCGCACCGCCCGUAUUGUUGAUCGUCUGAUCCGCGCUGCGACAUUCGGCAAGCUCAUGGACGCGGGUGCUCAGGACGUGUCGCUCGCUGUGGUGGCAUUAGAGCAUGUGCUACGUCAAAACCUCGACUUUUUGUCGCACGAAGCCGUGACGCUCACAACGUCUCCGCUGCCGAGUGCCCGCAUGGCGCUCAUGCUUGCCAUGGCGCGUCUGUUUUCGCAUCCUGACUACGAGGCAUUAGAACAUGUGGCUGAAACGCCCAAGAUGCUAAUUCAGGACGCCUUGUUUCUUGAUGAGGGCCGUUGGAUUGCGCAUUUGAUUUGCACUGGCACAAUUCAUCAUGCCCAGCUGAUGGAAAAGGUUCUGUCAGGUACCUGCACCACGGACAAGAUGCAUACUGUCCUGCAGCGCGUCUUGCAGACCAAGGUCGACGCCAGCACCGGUGAUUUGCUGUGGCUUCGCACCAACUCAGCCGCCCUCAUUUUUCUUACCGCCUAUGCGCGUCGAUUUACGCAUGUCCACAUCCAAUCUAUCGUACAGAGUCUCGUGACAGCCGUGUCGCAGUCGCCUCUUGAAGGAUUUGAUUGGACGAACACGACAGAUCUGUCCGAGGAGCGUCUGCGUGCACAGCACAUGGGUGAGAUCCAACUCAUUACGCUGCUGGGUGAGAAGCUGGAGGAAUUCGCUCGCGCAUUUCCUACCGAGAUGCAUUGGGUCAGCACGCGUCUGUAUCAGGCCAUUGCCCGUCGCUUCGGCGAUGAAACGGCGUCGUUCUCGCUCGGCACAUUCUUGUGCUUGCGCCUGCUGGGCCCGGCGAUUGCUGCCCCAGAAUCUGUGGCCGUGGAGCCGCCGCAGAGUGAGGCAGCGCGUCGCGCCUUGGUCUUUCUCAAUAAGGUCCUCGUGGCGCUUCCACAGGGCGGAUUUCCAGCGCAUCGCGAGUCAAGGCUCACGAUGCUCAACGACGUCAUGACGCAGCGCAAUAUGACUCUGCGCCGCACUCUAGAAGAAACUGUGCAGUAUGAUGUACAAAACAGCAACAUCAGCAUGCCAUCCGAGCAUAUACCGCAGCGCAUCUGUCGCGAGCUGCGCAAACACAUGCAACAGCUCGCAUCGAAGGGUGAUGCGAAUGCGUCGACGCUGCUCCAGGUUCUACCGACACAUCCAUCGCUGCAGGAGCGCUUUGCUACGGCGCUCUGUGGCGAGUCUCGUGACGCCGUGUUCCAGUCGUUCAUGGACAUGUACUCUACGUACGAUACGCGUGCGCUGUCGAACCUAUGCGUCGUUCGUCAUGGCGAGGAGUACACGACGGUGUGCUUUUUCUACUCGCGCCUCGACCUGAUCCGCGGCGACUUUACGACCCUGUCGUACUAUAUCUGCAGUGUGGCGUCCAAGUUCACUCGCCCAUGGAUCCUCAUCCUUGAUAUGACGGGCUCCACGGAGCGAAUGCUUGUCCAGAACCAGUACACGGCGUUCGUGUCGGCUAUUCUCCCUGCCAAGGCCUUUGGCUUUCUGCACUCUGUUGUCAUCGUGAAUGGCGGUCUGGCGCUGCUUCGGCAUGGCUGGAUGGUCACAGAGGAGCCGUACGAAAACGGUUACAUUGCGCGGCGCCACAUGGACGGUGGCCCCCCUCUCAAGCUCGAGUGGGUGACGUCGGCGGAAGAGCUCCAUGCACAGACCAAGGACGUUCAGCUCUCGCUGGCGCCAGCGUCAACGCGCCUAUUUUUCGCCAAGCCUUCGUACGUAUUGACGGACGUGAGCUGUGACGACGGGUUCUGCGCGCCGGUCUCUGCUACGCUCGUUCUUCUCAACGACUACAUGUUGAUCCGCAGCAAGCCCUUGGCGCAUCAAGACGGCCCCCUGAAGCCACCGCGGUCUUGCGACAUCAUUCCUCUCUCGGACAUGAUCGUCAUGUCCGAUCACGUCUCGCGCCUAUGCAUUCAUCGGUAUUCAUGCCCUGAUGUGCUGUUUUUGAAUACAAGACACUGCGAUGACCUCGAGCACAAAUUGUACAGCCUGCGCAUGUCGAACGGUGACUAUGCUCGUGGACUGUACGCCCCUGUCCCACGCUCCAGCAUCCGUGCUGUGUUUGUGGGCAUGGGUCUCUUUUACCGCACGUCGACUGAUGUGACGAUGCGUUUCGCGGCGGAUACGCUGCUUCGAGCUGCGGGUGUCUUUCACCAAGGCAUCCAGCCGAUGUUCAUUCCCCCGAACCUACCGUCGAUCGAUAUUCCUGUGCCGCUACGUGCGAUGGCAUUGCGCACGGCGCUCGGCAUCACGGCGUGUCUGGGCCGACAGCACGUGUUAUUCACGCGUGCUGAGCAGCUGCUUAUGUCUGUGCCGCACGAACAGCUACCUCAGAUCCUGCAUCUCGGUCUCGUGCUGUGGAUGACGCAUCCUGAGCUGCGCACGGCCAUCUUGCCGGCGCUCGAUCUUUUGCCCACGCUGCCAUCCGCUGCGCAUGAGCUGUUUUUGGACGUGUGCAUAGACUUGACGCCCAUGUGCAUGUCGCCGGUCAUGAAUGCGAUGCAAGAUGCGAUUAUGACGGCGGCCGUUCCUCACCUGCUCCACAUCAUCUUGUCGCGUCUACACGAGACGUUCUGCUCACCUCGCAGACCGGGCCUGCUGCACCAAGUCCAUGCCCUAGUCGCGCUGCUCGCUGUCCAGUGUCUCGUGCCAGAUACACCGCUCCGAGCGCAUGUGCCCGAGGUCAUGUGCAUUUUGCUCCUAUUCCACCAGGACCCGCUCCCAUCGUUCCACGUGGCCUCGUCCAUGUCGUUCGUUCAUACCCUUGUGAUGUGGCCGGCGCCGGAGCUGGCGUCUCUAGCGGGCGAAAAGCUCAAGUCCACACUGUCUAUCUCGUCGCUCGUCGAGCUCGUCAACAAGGCCGUGUUGACGCUCGCGGCCGAUGCGGAGCAAUGCGCCCAGUGGACAUUGGCUAUUGAGAACCAGAUCCAACACAUCGCCCUGUCGCGCGGCAGCCUUAUGCAGUCGCGAGCGCUGCAGGUGCUUGGACAUCUUUGCAAUGCGUCGCAGUCGAUCAUGCAUCGCCUCGGACUCGUGCUUCUUGAGUCGUUCCCACACGCGCCCAUGACGGUGGAUGCGGCUGCGAUGUGCUUGUCCCGCGUGUUUUUGCCGGCUCAGGCCCCUACGCUCUUUUGGGCUGGCAUGAUUCUAAUCGCCGUGGGCGUGCACAGCGGUGGCCUGCGACUUUGCUCGGCGGCACUGGACGCACUCGAUUCGCAUGCGUUUGCGGCCAUUAUGGAGGCACGCCGACGAUUUGCCGCCGACGCGACGGCCUUGGAUGAGGCGCUGGGCGUGUCGUUUGAGCGUGACUUUUCGUUCGCAUGUGCGUCCCUUCUCCGACGGCCUCUUUGGGAUGGGCAUCCUUCGAUCCAAGAACUGACUCGCUCGUUGAUCGAGCGUCUUAAUGCACUAGUACCGUGUGAUGCCACCACAGGCGACAACAGGCGUGUAUCUGGCCUGUCGCUCCUCCUCUUCCUAUUUGACCCCAGUACCACCGACGCGUCGCAACUGCCCCCGCAAUACUUUCCUUUGACAGACGACGACCAGAUGGCCUCGAGUAAGAUCCUGAGCGCCGCACUUGCGCGCUCCUUUUUGCCGCGCGCCUCUGAUUCUCAGCUGCAUCUCAUGCUGCCCCUCCUAAGCGACGGACAGGCGCAUGCCCUGCGAAAAUCUGACGAGCCCAUCCUGCCGGAGAACAAUGUAUCACCCCUUUCGCAGCUCGGGUUCUCCGGCCUCAAGUUCGAUACGGGAUCGGGUCCAUACGCCGCGGAGUGUCGCUCUUGGCUGCAACACCUUGUCGAGCAAUGGGCAUAG